GCGGUCUAAAGGCGAUAUAAAUAAAAGUAAAUUAUGAUGGUGAUAUGAGGGUAGUGUUGCAAAAUAUAUGUAUUUUUUUUAAUGCUAUAUUGAAUAUUUCAUUAGACCUUUAUUUAUUUAAAAUAACGCUUAUUAAUUUUCACGUACAAUAAAUCAAAGAUUUAGUUAGGUGCUGAUAUUUGCAUAUGUAUUUAUAUUAAAAAAUAUAUAAAAAUGUUAUACGCCUGUUAUAAAGAAUGUGUUAUUUAACGUCACAUUAUAUUCGCAAAUGUAUCAAUAUAAUUAUAAUUAUGUAAUAUACUUACGUGAAUAUACGAUACAUGGGUUGGUAGGCAAAAAAUCUUCCCGGUUUCAUUAAUGCUUACUGGUAGUUUGGGUUCUCCGUCCGAUAUAGGGGCGGGUGACAGCUAUAUUGUUUUCCAGAUAGAAGUUCCUCAUCCUGUGAUAGUGCCGGUGCCUCAGCCUUAUCCGGUUCAUGUACCGGUUCCAAAACCGGUAGCGGUACCGGUAUUCCGGGAGCUCAACGUACCAAUUGAAAAACCAGUACCUUACCCGGUUAUCAAAAAGGUCCCUUAUCCGGUAGAGAAGCUCGUUCCUGUACCGGUAGAGAAGGAGGUCAGUGAGUAUAUGAGAGAAAUAAGUUUACGUAUAAAAACCGAGUGUAAGGUAGGGAAAAGAUGUCCAUAGCGUUAUAAAACUUUAAUGAAUAUUAUAUUUAUCAAGAAAUGUAUUGCAUGGCACAUUAUCAACUGUUCACAUUGUCAUGCGAAUGAUUACUACUUUUACGCAAUUUCGUAGGCACGCGUACAUCUUUUUCUGUAUGUAAAUAAUUACUAACUGCUUUCUGCAUGUUAAUUAUUCUAUUGCAUAUCCGUAUGCAUUUAAUGAAAUAGUAGGAAGAAAUGAUAUGAAUUGAAGUCAGACAUUAUGAUAGUUUUAAUAACGUAAUUUUGUAACAUGAAAUUAAUUAGUGUUUUGUCCUGUUUGACCUAGGUAAAGGUACCGGUAGUUAAACCUUACCCCGUGCACAUACCUCACGUUAGGCCUGUUUUUCAUCAUUCGAGACCACCACGGGAAGAAUACGAGUCAGAAGCGGAAGACAAUGAUUAUUUUCCACGACCUGAGAGCAGCAAAAAAACGCCACCUUAUAAAAAGCGGCCAAAAAGCACGCGCAGUCGUCCACGAAGGCCGACAAGAAUGACAUAUCACGACCAUAGCACUAGUAGACGACGAUGGCCUUCAGCCAACAGACCCUCAGAGACCAGGAGACGCCCUUCGUCCAAAGAAUACCAUGCACCAUACAGACACCGAGACUUCGAAGCCGAUAAAGAGUAUGACAACGAGCACACUGACUACUACUAUUGUCAGAGAACUGGAAACUGUUGAUGGAUACUUCUAAGUGAUAAACCUAUGAGAGCUCUCUUAAUGUCAAGAAUGUUUUCGUUCUUGGAAAGCAAUGCGCGUUUAAGUAAACGCAAUGCAAUGAAACGACCAUUUCGGGCUAACGUUAAAGUUAACGUUAGCCCGAAAUGGUCGUUUCAUUGCAUUUACGUGUACGCCUUUAUGUUUUUCUUUUCUUGUAAAAUAAAUUACUUAGCAGUAUUACGAAUGAAUCACAUAAAUAAUGCAUUUGUUAUGAAUGUAGUCUUAUGAUAAAAUGUCAGAUAUGUUUUUAAACUGCACAAAGCCUUAAUUGUAAUAUAAAGGGCAUUUAAAUUGAUAACAAUCAAGAUAAAUGUAAAAUUAUGCUCGUAUUCUAUUGUUUCUGAUAAUUACAAUGAUACUUAUGAAUAAGUAAAGCAUGGAAGUAGCACAUCUUCAGUUCUACUAGAACAUGCGAUAAAGUUAAGGUAGAAAUUGCGAAUAACGUGAUGCAUUUGUAGUUUGUAAAUAACAUUUUAUUUACGUUGUUAACAAUUAUUAUUCGUAAUUGUGCCUAAUAAAGAUACAUAAUGAUUCCCUUUAAUUUAUAUAUUUCAUUUUAUCUAGCAAAACGGUUGUACACAUUGGCGAUAGAGGACAAUAUAUAUGUGUAAUUUAUGCAUUGAAUCUUGUGAUUGAUUAAUAUAGUUAAUUUCUAACAUCUGAAAUUAAUC